AAGUCCUCUGCAAGUGAAGCCGACAGAGCUACUCGGCCAUUCCGAUUUCCACGGGGCACCAAAUCGGAUAAAGCCUCAAAGGGACGAGGGACGGACAAGUCCAGGAGUCCAGGACGAUUUCCGAACGCCUCCAUCCCGCAACCGCGCCAAGCCUUCACGCCGCCAUCCCGCUACCGCGCCAAGCCUUCACGCCGCCACGCCUCCAGUCCGCUCACUCCGCUGAAUCGCCCGGCGGUCUCACUUCUCGCAACGCUCUCUGUCGUGCUGAACCAGUUUCGAAUGCAGAAACAUGUCUUCUAAAAAUGAAGAAGGCGUAGGUGGGGGUCAGGAUGCAGCAGAAAGGGUAAAGGCAGCGGCACUAACGGCAGCAAAGGGUUUGAGUCGUGCCCAGGCUGAGCGUGCAGCUGCAGCCGCAGCGCGGAACGUGAACGCAUAUGGGCAGAAGGAGGAGGGGCCCAGCAGAUGGCAGGAAAGGAAAGAAGCAAAGCGGCAGAUGUAUUUGAUGAGCACUGAGAAACAGGUGAGGUUGGGCGAGAGGAAAGAUCUCAAGACUUCAAUGUCCUCUUCCUCCGGCAUUUCCUCCUUUUCUCAGUGUCAAAAGUGUUACCAGACUGGGCACUGGACUUAUGAGUGCAAGAACGAGAGGGUUUACAUCUCACGACCAUCCCGUACCCAGCAACUGAAAAACCCUAAACUGCGGAUGAGGGGUCCGGUUUCUUAUGAUUUGGAGGACAACCCAAAAGUUUCUGAGAAGAAGAGUAAGAGAAAGCACAAAUCAGAUACUGAGUCAGGUAGUGACAGUGAAGCUUCUGUUUUUGAAUCUGAAAGUGAUGGAUCUGCAUCUGGCUCUUCUUCUUCUUCCGGAGGAGGCAGUGAAUCAAGUUCAUCCUCUGACUCGGAGGAAGAGAGGAGGCGGAGGAGGAGGAGCAAGAAGAAGAAGAUGCAGCGGCAUAGGAAAAGAAGACACCGGAGAGACCAGUCGACGACAUCUGAGUCAUCAUCUGAUUCAUACUCGGAGGAUUCAGAAUCAGACUCGGAGGACCGAUCUGCCAGAAAGAAGAGCAGUAAGAGGCGGGAGAGUAGAAGGCGCUGAUGAGCUAUGUUAAGCUGCAAAUGGUUUUCCCACCACAGGAGUAUAUUUCUUCUUUAACCGAGACAUUGUUAUUUGAUACGGCAAGUAUGCAUGCUUGUUUUGUAGAAAUUUAAAGACUCGUUUUUUACUCCAUUUUAACCUCGUGUGCAAUUUGGAUCAAUUGAAUCUUAUCAUGUGUUUGCUCUUGGCAUGUCAUUUUCACGCUUUACUCGUCCACAAUUCCACGAGGAGUGAGUGAUCCUGCCGUGGUGGUGACAUUUUUUGAGUGGGAAAAUUGGAAAUGCCUUUGACAGCGACUGAGAUGUUCGCCAGUUUCUUUAGCUAUUCUGGGUUGUCUUUAAUUGACUUUUUUAGCAGCA